AUGGAUUUUUAUUUAAGAUUGUAAUUCUAGCAUUUAUUUCAUAAAGAUUUAUUAUUGAACAUUGAAUAAAUUAUAAAUUGCCUAUCUUAUGUUAGAAAUACUUUUAUUGAAAAAGAAAUUGAAAUACCCAUUAAUUCAAAUCAUUUGCAGUAUUUCAAUAUUUCAUAUUUGAUUUUCAGAAAUUUAUUACCUUAUUAAAAUGAUUUCCAGAUAUUGAAUUAUUAGAGAAGGCUCAAUUUAAUAUUUUUGAUUAUAAUUAUUACCUAAGAUUACAAAUGA